AUGGCCGCCGCGCGCGGACCCCGCGCCCCGCCCCUGGGCCCGCCCCCGACUCAGGCCCCGCCCUCUGGGAGCGCCCCCCACCAUCUGCGCGUGCGCCGCGAGAGCUGCUCCAGUCGCGGGCUCUUGUCGCUGUCCCUGUUCUUGCCCGUCUCCCUGGCCCAGUCCCGUGUCCCUCUCUCUGCCUUUCUCCCUGUCCAGUUCCCGGCGGUGACGCACUGGGGCGGUGGCCCGGGAAGAUUUAAAAGCUGCUGCAGACAGGAGCAGGCUGUGGGGAGUGGGAAGGUGCUGACGGGAGUAGACGGAGCGGGCAGCAAAUCAGAAAAGGGCAAAGGGAGCGACACACCUGUCAGUACGGAUAUGGACUGGGCGACAUCCACGGACGGACUGAGAACAGUAACCACCAAGAAGUUGGAUGGCUGGAUCGCGGACACCCUGCAGCCCAGCCCAGCUUUCACCAUGCAGGUGAAGGAGGCAGUGGGGCAAAUCUGUGAAUUUCUGAAGAGGAACUGCUUUGGGGAUGAAAUCCACGUUCUAAAGACUGUCAAGGGCGGAUCAGCAGGCAAGGGCACAGCUCUGAAGAACAACUCUGAUGCUGAUGUGGUGCUCUUCCUCAGCUGCUUACCCAGCUAUGAGGAGCAGAAGAAGAACAGAAAGCAUAUCCUGGAUUUGAUCAUGAUAAGGCUGAAGGCUUGCAGGGAGAGCUUGCAGUUCAAGGUGUACUUCAGUGAGCCCAGGUACAAGGGGCCUGACAACACGCCGCGCUCCCUCAGCCUUACUCUGUCCUCCACGAUGACUAAAGAGUCCAUUGAUGUGGAUAUCUUGCCUGCCUAUGAUGCUUUGGGGCAGGUGACUCAGAAUGCCCGACCAAAUGCAGAAGUGUAUGUGAGACUCCUGGAUGCCCGCAGCCAGCCCGGGGAGUUUUCCCCGUGCUUCACUGAGCUGCAGAAGAAGUUUGUGAAGCGUUGCCCUGCCAAGCUGAAGAACCUCCUGCGCCUGGUCAAGUACUGGUACAAGAAGGAGCUGCUGAGUCCACAGUACCCCAAUGCGCACCUGCCCCCUAAGUAUGCCCUGGAGCUGCUGACCAUCUAUGCCUGGGAGGAGGCCACAGGCUCCUCCGACUGCUUUGACAUGGCUCAGGGCUUUCGCACAGUGCUGGAACUGCUGCGCCUGCCCCAGAAGAUCUGCAUCUACUGGGAGACGUACUACUCACUGAAGGACAGAGAGAUUGGUGCCCAUGUCAAGAGGUUGCUGCGCAGUUCCCGCCCUGUCAUUCUGGACCCUGCUGACCCCACGGGGAUCCUGGGCCAAGACAAGGACUGGCUCUUGAUGGCACAUGAAGCUGCCAGAUACUGCAGCUCACUGCCCUGCCUUCAAAAUGUCCAGCCCUGGGAUGUGCAGCCAGCCCGGCCCGUGACCAUUGAGGUGGUGCAGUUGUUAGGUGACAGACUGACAAGGACUGUCAGCCCCUACACCACCAUUAGGGAGCUGAAGGAGAUGAUCCAGCAACUGUGGGGCAUCCCGCCAUACACACAGCGCCUGGCACAGCAGGACUCAGGCAGAAGCAACAUCAUCCUACAGGAUUGCGAUACCCUGGCCGAGCAUGGCAUCUUCUACAACACCACGCUGGUGCUGCUGCAGACUGAGCCUCAGAAGAUGGAGGUCUUUGUCAAGGAUGAUAAGAAUCGGACCACUACCUACACGGUGCUGCCCACUGACACCGUCCGACAGCUGAAGGAGCAGAUCCAGGCUCGGCAAGGGCCUUCUGCUAAUGAGCAACGCCUGACCUAUGGCCCCCAGGAGCUGGAGGACCAGCACACACUGGCGCACUACGACGUCAAGCCCAUGAGCACAAUCUACAUGCUCCUACGGCUCCGGGGGGGUGCAGGCUCCCAGCUCUCCUAGUUCCCUGCAUGCUUGCCUUCCUGAGCAUUGCCCUCAGCACCAGCCCAUGCCCCUGUGUACCCUCCUGUCAUGCUGGAAAUAAAUACUUAGUAGACCCUUGA